ACUACCCAACAUGUAUCUCCUCAGUCUCUAUCUCACUUCUCUCUUAGCAAUCCCAGCGUUUGCAGCUCCUGCCCUGGAAAAACGCCAAAUAUCAUGUCUCAGGGUCGGCGCCACAGCAACAGCAACAUGGACUAACGCGGCCGGCCAGACAUGUCGCUGGGCCGGCAUCGUAGGCAGCAACUUCGGCACAAACAGCGCAAACGGCGGAGAUUACAGCUGUAACGGCCGCUGCGGAGCAGGCUGCUCAGGCGCUGCACUUGGCAACGUAUAUACACAGGAUUGCUUCUCGCAUGAUGUUUGUUCUUGGUUCAACAAUGCGAGUGGUGGUGCGAGUGAUCCGAACUGCGGUGCAGCGUUCAAUGCAGCAGUUGAUGAUACGAUUAGUGGUGCGGUGAGGGGCUGUGGACAAACGAACCCGUCGAAUGCUGCUGUGAGACCAAGUACGAGUCCGGCAUGCUCGUAGCGAGUUAGUAAUGGAAUAAAUUUCGAAAG